AUGGACUCUGUGGUAGAUGUCCUGAUUGCUGGUGGUGGCCCAGCCGGUCUCACCGCAGCCCUUACAUUGGCCCGCCAACUUCAUACAGUUAUUAUAUUCGAUAAUAAAGACUACCGCAAUACGAAUGUCUCCUAUAUGCAUAUGAUUCCAACCUGGGACUAUCGGAAUCCUACUGAAUUCCGUAGUAAAGCUCGUGAUGAAAUUCUCAACUACUAUAACACUGUUAAGAUCGAAGAGGUAGAUCUUAAAAUAGCAGAGAAGAGCAGUGACGGGCUUUUCCAACUUAUUGAUACCAAUCACAAAGUCUGGAAAGGAAGAAAAUUAAUUAUUACAACUGGCUCAGAGAAUAUUAUCCCCGAUAUCCCUGGAUAUGCAGAAGCAUGGGGUCAGAGAAUUUACCACUGCCUUUUCUGUAAGGGGUACGAAGACCGCUAUACAGAUAGUGCCGGUGUCCUUGCUAUUCAAUCUGCUGGGAAUAUAUCUAUGGUAAUACAUCAGACAGAAUCAGCCUCUCAGCUCGCUAAGAAGGUGACCAUCUAUACAAAUGGAGCAGAGGAACUCGGUGCCCAGAUUAUAUUAGCCCUAACUGAUAAAGACAAGUCUUGUAUUAUGGUUAAUAAUACCCCGAUCAAGCAGCUUACUUAUACUCGCUCUUUGAUUUAUUUGGAGCUCGCAGAUGGUACAACAAAAGAAGAGACCUUCUUAGUUCACAACCCUGAUACAACUGUGAAAGGUCCGCUUGCUGCUCAGCUUGGUCUAGAGCUUACUCCAAUGGGCGAUAUCAACGCUGCGCCACCAUUAUUUCAGACCAGUAUACGAGGGGUCUUUGCGGCGGGUGACUGUGUUACUCCAUAUAAGGUUAUCGCGGGUGCGAUUUCGAGCGGCUGUAAUGCAGCAGUAGCUGCUUCAGCGCAGUUAUUGGCGGAGAAGCAUAACCACCAGCCGCUUUUUUGA